AUGGCAUACGGUUUUUGGCGGGUGCUAAUGAAGCAGUGCUCGAAGGCUCGGCUGGGAAUGCAGAACAAUUCCUCAUCGCUGGGUGAAGAUGUUUCUUCCAACACCCGUUGCACAAAAUCAUUCGAUGGUCAAACCUGGAAAGUUAAUGAAUCGCUGAACCUUUCAACGAACAUUUCGUCCACCUCAACGACAACCAUUGCAACCGACUCCUGUCGCCAUACCGUCGAUCUCCGUAUGGCUGGGCUUAAGAAAGUCAUUACAAUGAAUGCUGAUGAUUGUUCUUCGGUAAAUGACAGGGUUUGCGAAACGCUAUGUCGCGGAGAAGUACGUAAAAGUCGUUCGAAAAUGAAGAGCUAUCUGAAACGAUGCAAGGAUGUGCUGUCUGGAGGAGUCAAUUCUACCAUUUUCUCAAAUGUAUCGGAAGAACUGUCUUCUGUGCAGGAAAUUGUCGCUUACCAGAAGAUAGAAGUACCGACCCUACAGUCGAGCAGUACAUCUUGCUGGUACUUAGAAGAUCAUUCGGUAGAGCUGCGACCCGAAGAUAAUCGCGAACCGUACUCUUCACUAGCUUCAGCUCGACUGAAGCUAGAGACGGAAGAGUUUCGAUUGGAGCAGGAAGCUCUUGCCAACUCGAAAGACACUAGCGAAACAACCGUCAUGAUCAAGUCGAGCAGUACCAUGCAAGAAAUAGUCAACACGGAGGCGGAUGCAUGCAUGGCCGUACCGCAGGAUGACUUGAAACAUUGUCAGAUUGAAACUGUGGCUAAUGAAAACUCCAGCUUUGCCAACAUCGAUAUAAAACUAAAGAUUCAUCAUCAGGAGCAGCAGGAUUCAACGCAGCUGCUGUCGGGCAGUUUAUCAUCGGCUCACAGGUGCAUUGAGAGGCUGAUCGACCAGUGCCUGGGGCCACUGUAUCCGGAGUACGUGGACCACACGCGCCCUAUACUGAUCAGACAGGCUCGCGAUCUACUUGUCUGCAUAUAUCAUGGUGACCUGGAACGCUUCGAGACUCAAUUUCUGCGUCCGGCAACAGACAUCGUCCGGAAGCUACGAUGCGUCUAUCAGCAGGGGAAGAUGUUGCACAAUGGUGGAACGUCUGGAGUCGGCGAGGGCGUUAUACAAUGUCAGUCGGAUGAUCUUGGCAACAUCUCGCCGCAGUAG